UCAAGUGUUUUCUCAGAGGAAGCACCUUUGUGUCUUAGCAAGUAGAGAGCGCGCAGCUCCGUGUAUGUCUCGGCAGCUGGAACGUUCGGACAACAAAAUGUCAGCCAAUAAUGCUUUUCAYGUGGCUAACAUUCCAUGGAGGAACAACAAUUUUACCAUGUCGAAUAAAGACCCACCUUUCUCGGAUCAAGGGGAGACCAUUAUAGGAGUAUACCUGCUGGUGCUAGGUUGGCUGUCGUGGUUCGGCAACAGUAUUGUGAUCUUCGUCCUGUACAAGCAGCGCGCGUCGCUGCAGSCCACGGACUAUCUCACCUUUAACCUGGCCAUCUCCGACGCCGGUAUUUCCAUCUUCGGCUACUCCCGGGGGAUCCUGGAGAUCUUCAAUGUGUUCCGGGACAACGGAUACCUGGUUACCUCGAUCUGGACAUGCCAGGUGGACGGCUUCUUCACCUUGGUCUUCGGCCUCAGCAGCAUCAAUACUUUGACUGUCAUCAGUGUCACAAGAUACAUCAAGGGAUGCCAUCCGAGUAAAGCUCACUGCAUAACCAACACAACCAUAGGCGUGUGCCUAAUAUUCAUCUGGUUGGGGGCUGUGUUCUGGUCGGGAGCGCCCCUUCUGGGCUGGGGGAGUUACACAGAUCGUGGUUAUGGAACGUGUGAAAUCGACUGGGCCAAAGCCAACUACUCCACCGUCUACAAGUCCUACAUCAUCUCCAUCCUCAUCUUCUGCUUCUUGGUCCCCGUGCUGGUCAUGCUCUUCACCUACGUGUCRAUCAUCAACACAGUGAAGAGAGGCAACGCCAUGGCCGCUGAGGGAGACCUGACGGACAGGCAGAGGAAGAUUGAAAGGGACGUCACCAUUGUAUCCAUUGUCAUCUGCACAGCAUUCAUCCUGGCGUGGUCGCCGUACGCUGUGGUCUCCAUGUGGUCGGCCUGUGGCUUCCACGUACCCAGCCUCACCAGCAUCUUCACCCGCCUCUUCGCCAAGUCGGCCAGCUUCUACAACCCGCUCAUCUACUUCGGACUCAGCUCCAAGUUCCGCAAGGACGUCGCCAUCUUCCUGCCCUGCACCGGCGAUGGCAAGGACACGGUCAAGCUCAAGCGCUUUAAACCGAAAGGCGAUGCUCACCAGGGUUCUGGAAGAGGCAAUGGGCUCUUAGCACCUCCUCAUCACCAGAAGGAGAUGAAGUAUGCCCCUGGAAAUCCGUAUCCGCUCACGGCGAUUAAGGCGGCCUCAAGCCCAGAUUCCGGAGUGGGGAGCCCCCCCUGUACUCCUCCUCCUCCCGCCAACAAGGAGAUGUACUUUAUCGAAGUGCCCCAUCUGUCUGAUGGGCCAGAGUGGGAAUGCGACAGACUCUAAGAACAAUACGUUUGUUUUUUGUGUUACUUUUUAUUUAAAAACACAUGGGAAUUUACUUACACAAAUCAAAUUGCCUUUGAUUCGUGUAAGUAUGUAUACCUG